CGGGGUCCUGCGGAGUUGGCCGAGGCUCCUGUGGGACUGGAGGACUGAUCUGCGUAGAAGAGGGUGGCAGGGAAGAGAGAAGAGAGCUCUGAGUGAGAAGCGGAGCCGGGGGCCUGGGACCCGUCGCGUCACAGCAGGCAAGUGAACCGGAGCAAACGACUUCCGAUCCAGUCUACGCGGCUGCGGCUCCCGUUUGGGAUUUGAUUUGCAGCAUCUUGUAGUCUCUACGACAAAAAAACCGCGAAGCACGCCCAGCGGUUCCCCGGCACCCCUAUACGCACCCACUCCCUCGCGGGGAUACAGCUGGGCGCGUCCACACCUCCACACCCCCACACCAUGUUGUGCGGAAGGACUUCCACUCCCCGCUUGUGUCGUUGAUGUCAGACCCCAGGCCAGCCUCCGGGCGCUGCAGUUCUCCUGGCUAAUGCUGAGGCUGCGGCUCCUGCUCUAGCACAGGAACCAGCCACUGCCGCACCCGGCCCCACCGUCUGCAUGUGCCGGUCGUAGCCGCUUGCCCAUCCCGCAGCCCGCGCUCCACGGAGCGCUGGAGACCACCGCGGGGGGCCCCUUCUGCCCUCGGGAGAAGCGGUCUUGGAGGUAUUGAUUUUGGUGGUUGGAUUUUUCCCGUGGAUCUAUCAAUUCACAAUUCGAAUUUGGAAGAAAGAAGGAAAACAUGACGUCUCCAGCCAAAUUCAAAAAGGAUAAGGAGAUCAUAGCAGAGUACGAUACUCAGGUCAAAGAGAUCCGUGCUCAGCUCACAGAGCAGAUGAAAUGCCUGGACCAGCAGUGUGAGCUCCGUGUGCAGCUGUUACAGGACCUCCAGGACUUCUUCAGAAAGAAGGCUGAGAUUGAGAUGGACUAUUCCCGCAACCUGGAGAAGCUGGCCGAGCGCUUCCUGGCCAAGACGCGCAGCACCAAGGACCAGCAAUUCAAGAAGGAUCAGAAUGUUCUCUCGCCAGUCAACUGCUGGAAUCUCCUCUUAAACCAGGUGAAGCGGGAGAGCAGGGACCAUACCACCCUGAGUGACAUCUACUUGAAUAACAUUAUUCCUCGAUUUGUCCAAGUCAGUGAGGACUCAGGAAGACUCUUUAAAAAGAGUAAAGAAGUCGGCCAGCAGCUCCAAGAUGAUUUGAUGAAGGUCCUGAACGAGCUCUAUUCGGUCAUGAAGACAUAUCACAUGUAUAAUGCCGACAGCAUCAGUGCUCAGAGCAAACUAAAGGAGGCAGAGAAGCAGGAGGAGAAGCAAAUUGGUAAAUCGGUAAAGCAGGAAGACCGGCAGACCCCACGCUCCCCUGACUCCACAGCCAACGUUCGCAUUGAGGAGAAACAUGUGCGGAGGAGCUCAGUGAAGAAGAUCGAGAAGAUGAAGGAGAAGCGCCAAGCCAAGUACACAGAGAAUAAACUGAAGGCCAUUAAAGCCCGGAACGAGUACUUGCUGGCUUUGGAGGCAACCAAUGCAUCUGUCUUCAAGUACUACAUCCAUGACCUGUCUGACCUUAUUGAUCAGUGUUGUGAUUUAGGCUACCAUGCUAGCCUGAACCGGGCUCUACGCACCUUCCUCUCUGCUGAGUUAAAUCUGGAACAGUCAAAGCAUGAAGGUCUGGAUGCCAUUGAGAAUGCAGUGGAAAACCUGGAUGCUACCAGUGACAAGCAGCGCCUCAUGGAGAUGUACAACAAUGUCUUCUGCCCCCCUAUGAAGUUUGAGUUCCAGCCCCACAUGGGCGACAUGGCUUCCCAGCUCUGUGCCCAGCAGCCGGUCCAGAGUGAGCUGGUGCAGAGAUGCCAACAACUGCAGUCUCGCUUAUCCACUCUAAAGAUUGAGAACGAAGAGGUAAAGAAGACAAUGGAGGCCACUCUGCAGACCAUCCAGGACAUUGUGACUGUUGAGGAUUUUGAUGUGUCUGACUGUUUCCAGUACAGCAACUCCAUGGAGUCUGUCAAGUCCACAGUCUCAGAAACCUUCAUGAGCAAACCUAGCAUUGCUAAGAGGAGAGCCAACCAGCAGGAGACAGAACAGUUUUAUUUCACGAAAAUGAAGGAGUACCUGGAGGGCAGGAACCUCAUCACCAAAUUACAAGCCAAGCACGACCUUCUGCAGAAAACCCUAGGAGAAAGUCAGCGGACAGAUUGCAGUCUAGCCAGGCGUAGCUCAACUGUAAGGAAACAGGACUCUAGCCAAGCAAUUCCUUUGGUGGUGGAAAGCUGUAUCCGGUUUAUCAGCAGACAUGGACUACAACAUGAAGGAAUUUUCCGGGUGUCAGGAUCCCAGGUGGAAGUGAAUGACAUCAAAAAUGCCUUUGAGAGAGGAGAGGACCCCCUGGCUGGGGACCAGAACGACCACGACAUGGAUUCCAUAGCUGGUGUCCUGAAACUUUAUUUCCGGGGGCUAGAACACCCUCUCUUCCCCAAGGACAUCUUUCAUGACCUGAUGGCCUGCGUUACGAUGGACAACCUACAGGAGAGAGCUCUGCACAUCCGGAAAGUCCUCCUGGUCCUGCCCAAAACCACUCUGAUUAUCAUGAGAUACCUCUUUGCCUUUCUCAAUCAUUUAUCACAGUUCAGUGAAGAGAACAUGAUGGACCCCUACAACCUCGCCAUCUGCUUCGGGCCCUCACUGAUGUCAGUGCCGGAGGGCCACGACCAGGUGUCCUGCCAAGCCCACGUGAAUGAGCUGAUCAAAACCAUCAUCAUCCAGCAUGAGAACAUCUUCCCAAGCCCCAGGGAGCUGGAGGGCCCUGUCUACAGCAGAGGAGGAAGCAUGGAGGAUUACUGCGAUAGUCCUCAUGGAGAGACUACCUUGGCUGAAGACUCAACCCAGGAUGUGACCACAGAGCACCACACAAGUGAUGAUGAAUGUGAGCCCAUUGAGGCCAUCGCCAAGUUUGACUAUGUGGGCCGGACAGCCCGAGAGCUGUCCUUCAAGAAGGGGGCGUCCCUGCUGCUUUACCAGCGGGCUUCCGACGACUGGUGGGAAGGCCGGCACAAUGGCAUUGACGGACUCAUCCCCCAUCAGUACAUCAUGGUCCAAGACACCGAGGACGGUGUCGUGGAGAGGUCCAGCCCCAAGUCUGAGAUUGAGGUCAUUUCUGAGCCACCUGAAGAAAAGGUGACAGCCAGAGCGGGGGCCAGCUGUCCCAGUGGGGGUCAUGUAGCCGAUAUUUAUCUUGCAAACAUCAACAAGCAAAGGAAGCGUCCAGAAUCUGGAAGCAUCCGGAAAACAUUUCGGAGUGACAGCCAUGUGUUGAGUGGUUCCCUGACUGAUUCCUCCUCCCCAGGGGUGGGGGCUAGCUGCCGCCCAUCCUCACAACCCAUCUUGAGCCAGAGUCUUCCCAAGGAAGGGCCAGAAAAGUGUCCCAUCGGUGGGCAUGGGAGCCUCAACUCCAUCAGCCGCCAUUCAUCCCUGAAGAAUCGGCUGGAUAGUCCACAGAUCCGGAAGACAGCCACAGCAGGAAGAUCAAAAAGCUUCAAUAACCAUCGGCCCAUGGACCCUGAGGUCAUUGCACAGGAUAUUGAGACAACAAUGAACUCAGCCCUGAAUGAGCUGCGGGAACUAGAGCGGCAGAGCAGCGUCAAGCACACCCCUGAUGUGGUUCUGGACACCUUGGAGCCCCUCAAAACCUCCCCGGUGGUGGCCCCCACAUCAGAGCCCUCCAGCCCCCUGCACACUCAGCUUCUCAAGGACCCAGAGCCAGCCUUUCAGCGCAGCGCCAGUACUGCUGGGGACAUCGCCUGCGCCUUCCGGCCUGUCAAGUCUGUCAAGAUGGCUGCCCCAGUCAAACCACCAGCCACACGGCCCAAGCCCACUGUCUUCCCCAAAACAAAUGCCACUAGCCCUGGUGUCAACUCAUCAGCCUCCCCACAGUCUACUGACAAGUCUUGUACUGUCUGAGGCAUAUAAUUUAAUUCUAGACAGGGGGACUGACUGAUAUUAAAAUCUUCCUAUUUAACUAGCUUGGGGACUUCAGUUGAAAAUUAGAUUCUAAGUUCUUGCAGGAAUUAGCCUCCCCAUUACCUAAAACCUUGAGAAUGAAGCCCUCAUUGUCUCCUUCCACUUCCCUUCCCACUGCCCUGUUUCCCCCAGUCAUCGUAAUCCAGUCAGCUGCAGUCCAUGCUGUUCUUAGGUUAGCCAGAGACAGAGUUUUUCAUUAUCAAGUCACUGUGAAAUCUGGCAAGGCACGUCGACAGGACAUGAGCACAAGACUCAGUCCCUUCAGACCAUGGGGAUGCCUUGACCAGAUAGUUGGCUACUGCCAUCUAGCUCUCAGUGGCAUCUUGUUUUGGGUACUGAUUAUAGAGAAUCAUAUAUAGUCCAUUCUUCAUUUUACACACACACACACACACACAUACACACAUCUUUUCUAUCUCUGGCAUGUGUAGCCUCUCCUGUUCAUAGACCAGUCUCUUUGUAAGUUAUUGUGACAAUUCACACAGGAGCCACCAGGGGUCUCCAUUUCCAUUACAAACUUUGUUCCCUCUGGGCCAGAGAUCCUGGCCUUUGAAAUCUCUCCAUCACAUGAGAUUUCACAGGAUGGAGCAAUCCUGUAACCUGUCUGGGGCUGGGGGCUUUCUCUCUGUUUUCUUUCUGUUGGUGUGAACUGGUCAUUGGUGUCUGCUCUUGCUCUCCUCCGUCCUCUAGAAGUACACUCCAAUCUUAUUAAGGAACGUUUAAAGUUUUUCUGAAUGUAUAGAUGCUUCCCAGGUUCCUAUAUUUGUCCCUGGUGGACCAUUUCCCAUUUAAGACAUUUUCCUGCAUAAGACGGUUUUAUAGCUGGUUCCUUUUAGGGUAAAGAGUCGUUAAGAGAGUUUUAUUGUGUUGAUGGCAGGUUUGAAAAAGGUAAGAAAUGGGUCCUUCUUCCUACUUUUGUUUUUGACACUCAAAACAUUAAAUUCAUUUUUCUAUUAAAAAAUUCAGCUUUGCUAACCCCCAAAUUGUUCCAAAAUGAAAAUGUAUUUUAAGUGGGCGCCUGUAGUCCCAGCUGCUCGGGAGGCUGAGGCAAGAGAAUCGCGUAAGCCCAAGAGUUAGAGGUUGCUGUGAGCCAUGUGACGCCACGGCACUCUACCGGAGGGCGGUACAGUGAGACUCUGUCUCUACAAAAAAAAAAAAAAGAAAAUGUAUUUUAAGUUCACCUCUUAUUUUAGUUAUUUUAUAAGGUCUCUCUUCCGGGACCAAUAGGGGCUUAGAGAGCCCUAGUUAGAAUAAAGAGAGACACUGUCCCUUAAAAUUAGUUUUAAUUUAUCCAAACAAAGAUAACUAAGGGUACUUUGACCUCACAAGCUCUAAAUCCUUCCCAAAGCCAGAAUCUAAAGAAAAUUUAAAAUUGGAUGCUGAAUAUUUUGGCCCUCCUUUGGCCUUUUUCCCUGAUUCCCCUCCAAAAUGCAAAGAUGUUUGCUCCAAUUCUGUCUCUAAACCUGGUGCCCAUGUUCCCGGUUCCCCUAAAACAUCAUGCUACCUGGGAGUACCAGGACUGGAGGUGUUCAUGUCUCCAUAGGUCUCAGGCAGCAACUGGAGUUAAAGCUGAAACUCCUCUUUGUUUUCUGCUUUUAAAGCUAUGCUUUUGUUUUAGCCUUUAUCUUCUGUAGUGCAGGAGAGGUGGUGGGUUGCUAUGCAGGUAGGAAAAUCUGUCUUAUCUUUCCACCUAGAAGAGAUCCUUUUUGGACCAACAUGUGAAGUUGGUAGUUGGAUCUAUAGAAAGUGGUAAGGUUUUUCCUCAUUCUGUGUGAAGGGAAAGGAAGCUUUGUGGGAAGCCGCUACUGAACAAGCCAACCUGCGGCACCAAAUAAACCAUUCCAAGAGCUAGAAGGGAGAACCAAAGAAGCCCUUCAGUAAAGUGUGUCAGCCUACCACAGGCACCUUAUGAGCCUUUGGAUCCUAGGCCUUUGUCACUCAGUUUACUGGUCUGUCACCUGGGCUUACACAGGUCCUGAGCCAACUGGGGGCUUUCAUACCCAAGGAUCUAUUUCCUUGCUGGAAAUGAAGCCCCACCCUUUACUUCACAUUCCUUCUAAUCCAACUAAUCAAAAUUGAUACCCACACCUGCCCUGUCCCCCUCUCUCCAGCACAUUCCCCUCUAAGAAAGUAAAAGCAAAGCUUCCUUAAUGACAAUGCUUUGGGCCUAUUCUGUUGCUCCUGCCUUAUUUCUCUUUCAACCCUGUACAUGACUUGUGUUCACCAUCCCCUUGGUCAGUGUCCAUCUGCUGCUGAUUUGCAUCAUGAACUGAACAGUGUGUGAGUGGUCACCUACUAACCCAACCCUGGGCGCAGAGCUGUCUUCCCCAUUUCUGGUGCUCCUGAUACCUGUGAGAUGGUCCUAUUGAGAGGACUAGGAACCAAUAGGAGAAGAGUCCUUCUCGGUGGAGCUCACUGCAGUCAACUGGAAUUGAGGUUGCACACUGUGAUUUUACACCGAAGAGCCAAAAGGAGCUGGCCACCCAGGGCCUAGGGAGACCAGUCUUCCUCAGAUAUGCUUGUCGAAACCAGCAUGAUGCUUCAAAGAGCCCUGCUCUGCCUCUGUGGCACGGAUCCUUUUCCUAAUGUGGACUCUGAAGGGUCAGUCUUUGAGAAAGAGGUGGAAUGGGGCUGCUAGCAUCCCAAUUUGGAAAAGGAGAGGAGUUUGUAGCCAGCAACCUGUAAACUGGAAACACUGGUCUCUGCCAACCUCCUCAGGGCGCCCUGGUUUCUCCCCAAGCAGAUGAGGAGUGACGACGCCAGCAUCAGGAUGAACAGAGCACUGGAAGGGCUGGUGUGUAUGUGCUUCACGUGCAGAAGAGAAGUUUCAUCUUCCAGGGAAUUGCAAUGUUGUGGCGUCUGACUUGUAUGUCACAUUUGUGUAAAAUGGUAUAUUCUUUAAAAUAGUGUUGAUAACUGGAAUAUUGUAUGUAUGCUUGGAGAUGCUUUGUGUGAACCUAAGACUGUCACUCAACAGAUGUUGGAUUGGGGAAAAUCCAAAGCACAACUUCAAAAUAAAAUACAUUUUUAGGUUUCA